AUUUCAGCACCGGAAAUCUACGGGUGUGUUUCCGGGGAGGGUUUUAAUCGAAGCGAAAGUCUACGAAUAAACCGGAGAUGGAGUUGCGGCCCCUUGUGAUGUGCUUUGCCCUCUGUGUGGUGUACGCCACCAGCAAGCCCACGGAGAAGAAGGACAGGGUUCAUCACGACGAGCUUCUCAGUAACCGGGACCACGACGACGGCGACAACUUUGACUACGACCACGAAGCCUUUCUGGGGCAGGAGGAGGCCAAGACGUUCGACCAGCUGACCCCAGAGGAGAGCAAGGAGAGGCUCGGUAUGCUGGUGGAGCGGAUCGACGAGGACAAGGACGGCUUCGUGAGCGUGGAGGAGAUGAAGAGAUGGAUCAAACACGCUCAGAAGCGCUGGAUCUACGACGACGUGGACCGCCAGUGGACCGGCCACGACCUGAACGGGGACGGGCUGGUGUCCUGGGAGGAGUACAAGAACGCCACCUAUGGAUACAUCCUGGACGACCCGGACCCUGAAGACGGCUUCAGCUACCGACAGAUGAUGUCGCGAGAUGAGAGGAGGUUCAAGAUGGCCGACCUGAACGCCGACGGCAAAGCCAACAAGGAGGAGUUCACCGCCUUCCUCCAUCCCGAGGAGUACGACCACAUGAAGGACAUCGUCGUGCUGGAAACUAUGGAGGACAUUGAUAAGAACGGAGAUGGCUUCAUCGACCUGGAUGAGUACAUAGGGGACAUGUACAACCAGGAGGGGGACCCCUCGGAGCCCGAGUGGGUGAAGACGGAGCGGGAGCAGUUCACCGAGUUCAGGGACAAGAACAAAGACGGCAAGAUGGACAAGGACGAGACCCGGGACUGGAUCCUUCCCAGCGACUACGACCACGCGGACGCUGAAGCCAAGCAUCUGGUCUACGAGUCGGACACCGACAAGGAUGGCGUUCUGACCAGGGAAGAAAUUGUGGACAAGUACGAUCUGUUUGUGGGCAGCCAGGCGACGGACUUCGGAGAGGCCCUGGCCAGACACGACGAGUUCUAGUGUCCCCGGCGGGCUGCGCUACAAAGACGGACGCUCUGUGUCCCCGCCGCUGCCCUGCGGUGUCUAGUAUCGACCGAGACGGGCCGCUCAGCGACAGCCUCGGGGACCACAGACAAUAACUUAUUCUACCUUUUGAAUGUGUCUCUUUGCUCAACACGCAAACACAAUCCUUCGUUGGGACGGAGGUGUGUGCUUGCACACACACACACACACACACACACACACACACACACACACACACACACACACACACGAUGAGACAUGUGUACUCACCCAUAGUGUCCGGCCCCUCCGACCGACUGUCUGCAUCCUACCAUGAGUGCGUGUGUGACCGAGGUGUCCUUACAAACACUAUGGCAUCAUGGGAUAGCUUUGUCCAGCCCCCCCCCCCCCCCCCCCUCGGUCAUCGUCUGUUGAGUCAUUAUGAUGCACAUGCGUGUUCUCUCCUAUAGCAGCCAUGUCAGCACUGUUCUCGUGGCUUGCGUUUGACGUGGGUUUCUGCAAUGCACUGUACCGCGAGGCGUCGGGCUGUCUGUUGAGUUUUUUUUAUUGACGUCUUAUUUCUAUUACAUAUUCUUCACCCCAACAGGCCCAUACGAGGCGGCCGCCUGUUGCCGACGUCUCUCGUUCGUGUCGUUUGAUAUUGUAUCUUUUUGAAAUUCGCUGUACCCGAAUAUACGAAUGUUGGGUGUGAGAGCGCGGCCAAGGAAGACUGUGGAACGUUACAGAGCAAUACAGUGGCAUGCGCUCGCUCAUCACCAGCCCAUUUGUACGCCGUUGUGUUUUUCUAACAUGUUUGUUCUGCGAUAUGCUGAAAAGAAGGAGUCCAGGCAGGAACUCUGUUGUGCCUGAAGAACAAAAUACUCCAUCGCUGCCACAGAGUGUGUGUGUGUGUGUGUGUGUGUGUGUGUGUGUGUGUGUGUGUGUGUGUGUGUGUGUGUGUGUGUGUGUGUGUGUGUGUGUGUGUGUGUGUGUGUGUGUGUGUGUGUGUGUGUGUGUGUGUGUGUGUGUGAAUCUAUUAUUUUAAGUGCCAAGUAAAAAUAAGUGGUUUGACUUGGCUUUACUACCCCUGUAUUAGUUCUACCAACAUUUAUGACCACUGUUAAUUAACAAUAUGAUAAAUGUAUACCUUUUUGUUUUUUUUUGUCUUUCAUACAGCGAAAAGCUUUUCACUAACGACGUUCCUGUAAGUCUUCAGUAUAUGAGCACUCGAACAAUCAAGUUCAAAUGUUUUGGUUGAGAAAUCCCCUCAAUAAAAAAAAUGUAAGUGUUUACAGUGUAUGACGACCAUACUGUGAUUGUAAAUUAGUAAUCCUAAAACCUAUUCGUCCUCCACCCAGUGUAUAUACAUACAUUCACCUUUCAAACUAGUUAUUCUUUGAACAGAAUGCAUGAUGUAUCUUAAAGCUCAUGACACCAGACCUCUGUUAUGUAAGGAGGUCGAGCGGGCAGGCUUGAGGACGGUGUGUCGUGGGGAGCGUCAGCGGGAGAUUAACUCUAUCCUGCAGUGAAAGGUGCCAGACUUAACGCACGACACUCGCCAACUGCUUUCUCUCACAAGGCAGUGAAUUGAUCCCACCUAGCUGACACUGGUUGCAGUAUACCAGCAGGGGACCCUCCAUGGUUAAUAGUCACCCUAGCGUCUGUGUUUUCCAUACCUCUCUUAAGCUGACCUUCAUCCGACAUCAAGAUGGCGCCAUUGUUAAUGUAUAAAAGGUAGUGGAGCCACUCUGCCCUCAUUAUUUUGCCCCCACUCAUUUCAAAACCGUUACGGCCAAAACAUAUUACAUUUUAAUAUGUUUGAUGUUAUAUGUGUAAUAUGUAUUUUUAUUUUACAUUUAAGGCGUUUUAUAAGAUCUUAGGAUCAUGUGCAUCUCCAUUCUGUCCGUCAAUCCAUCCUUUUCAAUUGUAACCAUGUUUUCCUGCUCUUCCCUCAUUGAAUCCUAUAGACAGAGGGAGGUUUCAAAUAAACCUCCGUGGGCCUUUAUUCCC